AUGUUCGCCAAAUUGGUUUUCGCUGCUUGCCUGGCUGUUGCCGUCGCAAAACCAGAACCGGGACUUCUGGGAGCUGCACCUUUGGCUUAUAGCGCACCUCUUGCCUAUAGCACGCCAUUAGCCUACAGUACACCCCUGGCAUACAGCGCUCCAUUCUUCCAACAAGGACUCCUGAGCACCGCCUACUCGCAAACAGUCGGACGUAGUUACGCUCCGACUCUUUACUCUGCAGCAACACCUCUUACCUACGCUGCUGCCGCCCCGCUGAACCCAAUCGCUCCUGUACUUCCACCCCUAACUUACGCAGCUGCUGCUGCAACUCCUUUCUUCGCUCCAGCUGCACCAGCUUUUGUUCCCGCAGUGACGCCAGCCAUUGCCCAGACCCCAGCUGUAACUCCGGCCGUUGCCGUUGCUAGAACUCCAGUGGUUGCCACCCCAGUUGCCACUCCCGUUGCUGGAUCGCCUGUUGCAGUGCCGAAUGCUGCCGUUGCGCCCGCCAAUGCUGUCCCUGCAACUCCGGUUGCCCCAGUUGCCACGGCUGCUCGAUUGACUGCGGCCGCUCCGGUUCCGUUCACUACCUAUGGAGCUCCUGAGGCUUCAGCUCCGGCAAGAGCGUAAUCCAAUUUGAUGUGAUAUUUUAGAGCAAUUUGUGCAAUUUAUUAUUUGCUAGUGACAUUAGUUUGUAAGUAUUUUUUUUUGUUUCAUUUACAUUGCUUAGUUAAUUCUUGUUUCUCAUCAACUGAUCAUGAUUUAAAAAAAUGAAAUAUGGGCAGUAGUUUGAUUAUUGUUAA